CUUGGUUAUCCGGAUAGCAUAUCAUUGGUGCACAAGGCCGAAUCCAUCAACCAUGCUGCGCAGCUUGGUGUCGGUCCCGCGCCGAUGGGCGCCGGUCUUGACGACGAGCCACGUGGGAGCGCUCCGGUGCAUGUCGGACGAUGCGACACCGCCGCUGCGACAGCUCAAGAUCAAGCCAGCCAAGGCGAAGAAGGCCAUGUCGAACGAUGCGACAUCGCCGCGGCAGCUCAAGAGCAGGCCGGCCAAGGCGAAGAAGGCCCCAAGCGAGUUCGAACUGAUCGUGGCACCGCGCCGCCUGCCGGCCGGCGUAGCAAUGCCUCGUGACGGCGAUGUUAGUGCGCAAAUGGUCGCGCAUGUGCAAGCGCACCGCUACGACGACGCACUCUCGCUGUUUGCGGCGCUGCCCACCAAGUCGAUCGAGAGCUACCGCUGGGCCAUGGAGGCGCACGCAGCUCGCUUUGCGUACGAGCAGGUCGUCGAGCUGUACAUGGACGCCGCCAUGGUGCACGACGUAUCCAACGAGAUGCGCCUGCUCUACGUCAUCGCGCUCAACCGGCAAAAGAAGUUUGCGCACACGGUCGCAGCCUUUGCCGACUGGCACUACCUCCGGCUACCGCUCUCGUCGGCGAUCUUCACCGCCGUGCUCACGGCCUGCGGGCACACGAAAGACUGGGCGCGCGCCCAGUUUGUCGCCAACGCGAUGCAAGCGGCGGGCUUCUCGCCGCAGGGUGCCGCGUACUUUCACAUCCUCUCGACCGCGCUCCGCGACACGACCGUCCAUCCGCUCACGUCGCUCGAGCUCGCCGAGGCCGCGACGUCGGCGUCGUACCCUGUCUCGACGUCGCUCUUGGGACAAAUUCUGAUUCUGGCGGCCACGCAUGCGUCGCAGAAGAGUCCGACAAUGGCCAAGUCCGUGUGGGGCCGCGCGCGCCGCGUCUGGGACGCCAACAAGUCGUAUGGCGCGAUCUCCGGUCGACACGAGUUUCAAUACGAAGUGCUUUUGCAAAAUCUCUGGAAACUCAACUACAAGUCGGACGCGACGUCGAUUCUCCGCGACCUCCUCGCGCUCCCGCACUCGCAGCCAGACUUCAAGGCGCGGCUGCUGAAAGACCUCCUCAACCGCCAUGUCGAAGACGCCGACUUGAAAGGCGCGACGGAGAUGGUCGACUUGAUGCAGACGCACGGCGUGGGCCUUCUGCAGGCGCUCCGGCGCCAGCAGUUCUUUUCACUCUGCAUGACCAAAAACUUGCAAAUCUGCGAGAUACGCGCCCUCUUUACCAAAUACGACGCGGUCCUCGGCGGCUGGGACGCCGAGCGCAUCUGCGAUCUCCUCAUCUGGGGCCACAAGGCCGCGAUCGAGGACGCGACCGAGAAGGCCGAGGACGAGCACCAGUUCAAGCAGGUGAUGCUGCUCCUCAAUGACGCGUUUGAUAACCACUGGGCGCUCUCGUACCCGGCGAUGGACCACACGGCGCACUGGCUACUGCACUUGCACCGGUACGAGGACUGCGUUGUCUUUGUCGAUAAGCUGCUCGAAAAUCCCAACUACGAAGUCGGCUACCGCAUCACGGAAGCGGGUAUGGUUGCCGCCGGGCGCCUCGGCAACCACCCGCGCGUCAUCGAACUCUACCAAGAGCUGGAAGCGCGCCACCGCACCAACCCGUCGACGCAAGCCGUGAGCUUUGCGCCGCGCCCGCUCAUGCUCUGGACAGCGAUUCGGUCGUUCGAAGCGCUCAAGCAGUUUGAAGAAGCGCGUCAGCUCAAGGCGAUGCUAUCACAACUCCAUCCGCACAAGGCGCCGUACAGAAACAAGAAGAUGCCGACCCGUCGCGCGCGCCGCGUCGUGUUUGACGACUACGACACGACCGUCGACGCAUAGGGCUAGGGUCUAACGUGUAGAUAAAUCCCCGUACCACUAACACUAGAAGAAGAAGAAAAAAUGUGUAUCGAGGACA